CAAAAGCAGCAGUCUUGAAGGGUCUGUGAUACUAGUAGAGAUAUGAAAAUUCCCAGGAAAGGGUAUUUCAAGUGCUGUACUAACCUUCUAUAACUUUGACUGUGUUAUUUUAAAGGAACUCUGCCUGCCUAUGCACCAUUUCUCUAGGAAUGUAAAAAUGCAACAACCAUCACAAAAGCCAUUCACAUCAGCAGCCUCCUUGUGAAUUUUAAUUAACAGGAAAUGCCACUCACACAUUGAAAUUCAACAUCCAGAAUAUCUCUGCUUCACUCCUUUGAUGUUCCCUGUCCAAUCCUGGACCAACAUCCACAUGUUCUCCUGAGACACUUGGAGGAAAAUCAUUUUGGUUUAUUUACAGUAGGGAAGCAUUUUGUAGUGUCUUUUAUCCCAGAAGCAUUCAAGUCACUUUACAAACCGUUCACACAGAAGAGCUGCUCUGUGGGUCCUUGGAGCAGGGAAUGAUUCUGGGGCUGUGCUCAGCUGAUCUGCACCCAGCAGCGAUGCUGGAAGUUCAGAAGAGAAAGGGAAAGAUUCACAAAACAAACAAAAGCCCAACAUGACAGGGGGAAUUCAGCUGUUGCAGGUCAGACAGUUCCCUUAUCACAGUUAUGCCUCAUGAGUAACUGAAGGGAUAUUGCUGGGAUUUUUCUGUAUUUCUAUAGUAGAAACCUAAGAAGACGUGAUGUGGCUCUGUAUUACCAUAAGUUGUUAAUUUGAAUGUGAUCUUAACAAGCAAAGAGCCACCACUAAUUGGCUAAUCUUUCCCACACCCUCAUUUUCUUGAAUGGGCAAAAUAACGUGAUCAGCAGGUGCUGAUGAUAUUGCCAUGGAGAAACACCUUCAGCCUUAGUGAUUCUGUUUUAGCCCUCCAUUCAUCUUCUUUACCCAGUCAUUUUCUUAAGCUGUACAGUUCCUGCACCCCCCACACUACCUGGGAUUCAGCUGCUCCUUUAUGACACACCCUCUCCCGUCACUGUCACCCCCACAGGGUCACCACAGGUUGAACUUGCAGGUAUCUUGGACAAACCCACCCUGAGCACUGCAAUCUGCAAAGCAGGGCUGGAUUCAAAACCUCUGUCCUGGGGGGUACAAGCUCAGUCCCCAUACCUAGUUCAGGUAAAGCCAGGCUCUGCUUCCUGGCUACGAUGCCAAUGAAACCCUCUGCUGUGUCAUAGUUCCAGCAAGCUGCCUGCAGGCAUGUGGGGCUCUGUCUUCUCCUGCAGUGCUAAAAAGUCGAAAUUGGUGAUAUUAGAAAACUUAGAGCUUGAACUCUACAGAGACUGGGACUUGUCAAGAAAGCAAAGUGCCUUUAUACCACCUGGGAGCCACACAGGGCAAGAAAAGGCACCUCAGAGCAUUUCUCCUAAUCUUCCUCGGUUUUCCUCAAAACUCUCCCACCCACAGACAGACUUCUUUAGUUUUUGAGUCGGAACGAGCCAGACCUCGAGGCCCUUGAGCAGCGUGUGACCACAAGAUGUCACAGUUGCUUCGUUGCGGGGCUCGGUCCUGCCCUGCCCGUGUCCCGCUCCCAGCUUUCGCCCGCCGUUUCCCGGGUAUCCCCAUGAACACACGAGCUACUGCAGAGGAUCAGCUCUGGGUAUAAAAUAGACGAUAUCCUACAUCUAGCCUGUCCUGUAGUGCAGCCUGCAGGGAUCAAUUCUGAGUUGAGCCAGAGGAAAAAAUCUAACUCUGACUUUGCAAACAAACACUUGUUGAUGCUGCCAGAGUUAUGGCUCAGUUUCCCAACAGACUUCAGGUGCCUUUGCCAGAUGAUGUAGCAGAGUCAGAAAAACACUCACCACAAUGCUGUAGGCUUGAGGGUUUUUUGUUCUUUAUAGCCUAUUGCUAAUUUUUUUUUUUUUUUUUUUUUUUGCUGCCCCAGAAAGCUGCCUGUGUAGCCUGGAUGGGGUCCCAGGGGCUGAUGUGAAUAUCAGUUUGCUCUGAAGUAGAGCGAGAAAGAAGUUUAGUCUUAGGAGAAGCUGAUGAGCCUUUGCAGGAUCCAGCUAUGGGCCUUUUGGGUUAGUCCCUUAUAGUUGAAUUCAAGACCUAAUUCAUGGCCUGUGCAAGCAAUUGCUAUGGAUGCUCCAAACAAACAGCACUUUCUUUCCCGCCCGCCUGGCUGGUGCCUCUUCCCGGCUGGAGCCAGGCAGAGUUUCUCAUCCGGCCCGUGUGCUCCAGGGCACCAGGAAGAAAGCUUUGCUCCACCAGCCACACGGGAAAAACAAAACUUUUCACUACAAAGCGGAGCUGUUGAGUGGAGCAGCAAGGGCAGAAGGGGCCUUGCCUGGUGCCUGCAGGAAGGGCAGAGGAGGCAGGCAGAGGUUGUGCUCGUUACUCCGUGUCCUCCAUGGGGUCUGGCCACAUCCCCUGGGGAAGGUGCUGCUCUCCCAGCUCUCUCUGGAGGGCAGAGCCCCACGUGCUUUUUCCCCAGGGGUGGCCGGGACAGGGCUGACCUCCAGCCCUUUGCCCUUUCCCGCCCAGGGGAGCAUGAGAACAUCCCGGGGGCCCGGCAGUUCCCAGCCGGCGGGAGGGCUCGGCUCCGCACGGGACAGCAGGUCCUGGUCAGGAAUGGGCUCAGCUGGCUGAGCUGCGUCGCCUCUGCCCACACGUGGUGGCUUAGCAUGAGAGUGUCUGCAAAGGGGCAGGUUUGGUGGGAGCCAGGGAAGUUUCCUGUAAAUCCAUAAAUGAGGAGCAAACACCGUGGUUGGUUCCUGUCUCCUGGUGAGCAAGUUUGGCGGCUGGAGCUCUGUGCCCUGCACAUCCUGGGGGACCAGGAAAGUCAGUCCCAUGGGGACUGCACCUCCUGGCCUGUACAUCCGAGAGUUUCUCCACAGUUUGGGAAUCCUGACUGUGGCUGCAGGGGAUUUGCUGGCUAUAGGGAAUUGGGAAAUGUUCAAGUUAGAAGCUUCGUUUUCCUCCGCCAGGACUGUGAGAUGAGCCUUGAAGCAGCCUGUGAGCCCUGCACACAGUUUCAGCAGGGAGCAGCAGCCUGUCAGAACAGAAGAACAGUUACCAGCACAUGGUUUGCUGGAUCCUGCCAUGCUCUUUGUGCCAUGACUGAUGUCUGGAAGGGGAAAAGCUCCCCUUCACUCUGAGAGAGAUUCCAACCCUGCUGGUUGCUGGUGGGCAGUGUGAGGAGUAAUCAUCUGAUUUCCCAACAAGGGAUGGUGACACCCCACUUUCCAUGUGAUGCUUGUUCCAUCUUUGUCAGUCCAUAUGUUAUUGACUCAUUUUUUCAGCUAUGUGUCAUGUAAAUAAGCCUUGUCUGCAAUAACAGUAAGACCAGAAGAGGUGUAAAGCCCAAGCAGUGCUGUGCAUCCUGGCCCUGUUCCACAGUGGUGUUAUUCCCUGGGCUUCACACACCAGGUUUGCCCCACUCACUUCAGGAAUUGCCAGUGUUGCUGAUCUGAAUUGCCUUAAAACACAUUUUUUGAGUCCUGGCUCUCUGGUGCUGCCUUGGUUUUUUUAUCCUGCCUCUCCUGACUGCCACACCCGGGAUCCUCUCUCAGAGCAAUAAGGCACUGGAGCAUGGAGAGGUUUCAAGCAAGUCUGGGGUACCUCACUGCUGCUGGGUAUGUAGUCUUCUCUAAAUCUCUCUUUCUCUCUGUCUUGAUAGCUCUUGUAUGGUCUUUUUCCACUGAAAACCUCCUUUGCUAGUCAAAAAUCUCCCUCAAAGGAUAGCUGAGGCUGCUGUCGAGCAGUAGGAGAUGGGAAUUGCCUGGCUGGGGGCAGGCUCUUCUUCCCCACCAGGUUUUCUGGUCUCCAGAGAGUCACUCCAGAUGUAAGGCCUGAGAAAUUAUAUUCUUUCCCAAAUGUUUGUUUCCCCUAGACAUUUAAAUAGCUUAAUGGGACCUUUCAUCCUGUCUGUAGUGGCCAAAUUCUUGUCCUUGGAGAUUUCCUCUGGCCCUGCAGCUUCAGUGUGAAACUGUUUUCUCAGAUCAGUUCUCUGUUCGUCACAUUUAAACCUGCAGAUCUGUGUUUGGCCUCCUCUUAAGGGGCAGAGAGAGCAGAAACCCCCCUCAACUGCCUGUCAUCCAUGUACCACCUUGUAAAUACAACUUGACUUGUAAAUACAGCAGCCAGGAGCCUCCUUUUUCUCGCUCCAACUUCCUCUAAAUAACCAAUAAAGACACACUCAGCCACUGCCAAUGAUUUGACCCCUCUGAAUGGCUCUAUUACAGUUUUUAUAGAAUAACACAAUGCUUUCCUGUGCUUACAUUAAAGGAGGAGCAGCUGCAUCGUACUUGUAUUUGAUCUUUCAAGAAAUGCCUUGAACUUCCCUGUCCUGCUGCUUCCAGGGGAGAUCUUGGUCCCAACUACUCAUCUUAGCAGGGAAGUAGAGAAGGAUGAGACCAGAAAUACUCAGAGAAGGACAUUAUAAGACCCAUGAGUGAUUAUCUUGCGAAAGCCCCCUAACCAGUGUGUUUAUGUACACCCAGGUACUUGUUCUUUUUACAGGAUGAGUGCCCGCGUCUACUGUGAAGACUUUCUCUUGCCAAAGGUGCACAGAACCAUGGCAGACCUAUGGUGGGUUUACUCCAAACCUGUCCCAGCAGAUGGCAGAGAGCUGUGGACCUUGUUUCUGCAGUGUUCCUGCAUUACAGCACUGAUAGGAGGCCUCUUUUACAACUGGAUGUUUGCUUCCCUGGAGUACUCCUGGCAUCUCUCCACUGCAAUGUCCAUCUCCUUCAGCCUGCUCCUUCUCCUGACCCUUUUCCUGGUGCAUCCUGCCCGCUGUGUCUUCAGUAUGACCAUGCCAACGCUGGGCACCAAGCAAGGCCGGAAACUUCUCCUGUCGACCUGCGUGGUGAUCGCGGUGGUGAACACAACACCCAACAUCGUCAGCAACAUCCAAACCAUCCUGCAGGUCAUCAAGUGCAUCUGCAAGAAUUCCUCUGACAGCCUUCUGAACUCCACUGCCCUGCUGCAGGCGGCCUCCCAGGAGUUUGGGGGUGCAAUCCAAGAAGCCGUUUAUCUGCUAACCUUUUAUAAGCCCAUGAAUGGACGUUUUAAGUUUUCAUCGCUUCAGAACACCUCCUCCAUAUACCAAAAAAUGGACCUUGCAGGUGAGAAAAUCAGUAGGGACUUUUUGUCUGCUGAGGUACUGGUCAAACACUCUGUACGAGUAGGCAACAGGCUGGUUGCUGGUUUCUCCAUGCUCUAUCUCUGUUUUGAGUCCAGCUGGUACUUGAAAAAUUAUCUCACCAACCUCCGCUUCAACAAUUUUUACAUCACCGAGAAGCUGGAGCGUUUGGCUGCAGACAGAAAAGCAGCUCACCUGCUGGUGGGCUCAUCCAAAAACCUCAUCCGACCGACAGGCUUGAAGCUGUCCCGGGAAGAAGGGCUGCAGUGCCUCGUGCAGGCCGUGCUGCUCACCGUGGCCCUGCUGCUGAUGCUGCUGCUGGUGGCGAUGGAGCACUUUGCCUUCAGCGUGGCAGACACUGCGGUGAGAAAGGCAGCUCAGUUCUCCGUGGUGCCCGUCACCCUCCACAUCAAAUACAAGGCUAAAAUAGGGAUCCUGCCCUCUUUUAUCGAAGGUUUCGGGUUUCCUGCUGAGGAAUUACCACUUCGGGAUUUCGAGCAGAACUACCACCAUUAUCUGAUCUCCAGCUCUGCCCACUGCAGGAUCAGCCCCCCAGUGCCUCCCAACCCCUCUGUGCUGCUCGUUGUAGGGCUGCUCUUCUUCAUCCUCUACUCCACUGUGUUCCUGGAAACCUACGCACGCCGCCUGUGCCGAAAAAUCGCCGCCUCCUUCUUCCCCAGCUGGGAGGAGAAGCGAGUGCUUUACCUCUACAGGAAGCUGUCCAGGAGGCAAAACAAGGAGCAAAGCUGUGUGAAGAACUGAGGGUGCUUUUGGAAAUCGAGGGGAUAUCUGACACCCAUGGUAGUGGCUCGGCACAGGCUUCUGCAAGAGCAUCACACACUUAAUUUUCCAGGGUUAGAGAAGUGUUGGAGUCUGGGGAAAAAACAUUUGACAAAAAAAAAAAAGAAAAAAAAAUUUAAAUGUCACAUUUUGCAUCAAUUUGAGAAAAAUGGGCUAAUAUUUUUUUUUUUAAUAUCUAGAAGUUCUGGAGUCAACUGUUCCAGGAGGUGGGAGAUGAUGGCUCAUAUGAUUUGGAGCAUAUCUGCAGCAUUAGCCAAGGCUAACUGCUGACUGGGAAAUACAUGGGAGCUGGGGUAGGGGAAGAACUCAUUCACCUCCUUCACCACAUCCAUGCUGGAAGAAGUACACGCUUCCUUUCUCAAGUUAUACCUUCAGGCAGCAAGAAAGGAAACUCAUUUGACUCGAUUAAUUUAAUUUUCAAGGUCACCAUCCCUGGAGGGAUUUAAAAGACUUGUACAUGUGGCACCUGUGGACAUGUUUUAGUGGUGGCCUUGGCAGUGCUGGGAUAACAGUUGGACUUGAUGAUUUUAAAUGUUGGGUUGUUUCAAACUCAGAAACUAUGCCAUUGUAUCCAAAAUGCAUAAAUCCAUCACUAGGGCAGCAUCUGAAGUGUGUUAUUUUUGAAAGAGAGGCAGAUGGGACACCUCUGUAAGGGCAGGAGCCAGAGGGGGGGGAGAUCCAUCUGUGCCAGGUUAUAAACAAAGCAACUUCACAGCUUCAUUUCUUCGAAGCAUCCCUAUUAUUUUCCUCCCUUCUUCCAUUAAAGUCUUCAUUAAGGUAAUUAUUCGACAUAAUGCACCUCAAUGAGAUUAAAUGACAGAAGUGAAGUGGCAGCUGCUGCCAGAUGCACCGGAUUUUCUCAGCUUCCGAGGUACUUGAAGCAAGUAGGUCUGGAUUAUAUUUUUUUAAGCAUUUAUCUAAGAAAACCCUGGUGCAUUAAUCACCCCAGGUUUCUUAAUUUCCUGCUGUUCUUAUGAUUAAUCCAAGCACCUUUUUGCCUCUGCAGCAAUGGGGGGCUUUGUCGUGGGGUUUCUCUAGGAAAUACUACUGAGUAGCCAAAAUUAUCUGGAGUUAGGGGUUAAAAUGGAGCUGGGAGAAGAGAGGAGCACCUCUAGCCAGCUAACCAUCCCAGUAGCAUCUCCCCUUCCAACAAGAACACCUUUUUAAAAAGUUUUUCCUCGGGAAGACUCAUCUUUUUGGCAGGAGAUGAGCAUUGGUGAUGAGCUUGUGCAGCACAGCAAUCACGUCGCCCCUGGUGCCGACUCGGGCUGUCGUGCUUUCCCCGGGCAGGGGAGCUGGCAGGAGGCAGAGCUGCUGGAAAUUGCUUUGCUCUCCUGAGAGGUGUUGUUCCUCAGAUAAAGGUGUGACAAAAUAGGAAACAUUACCAUUAUAGAGCUAUAUUGUGCCCUGGAGAGGUCAGCCGCCUCGUCAGGGUUUGCUUAAUGGUGCGACAGAGAAAUGCUGAACAGAUGAACCAGCAGGCAACAUUCAUUUAUUCUCAUAUUUUUUUAUUAAGUAUGACUAAUAUACAAGCCUUGUUAUUUGCUAAGGGAUUUUCAUUCCUCGGAGCCCCUCCAUACUCCCACUCUCACUCCUGCUCAUUGUGGCUCUCGUUGCCUUCGUUUUCCCUCAGCACAUCCCUCCUGUCCCACAGGCAAAAGGACACAGGGACCAAGGCUUUGCCCUGUGUCACUGUCACCCACCAGCCCCCCAUGCUGGGUCUGGAGCCCUCAAGGUGGGUCCUGAGUGUCCACCUCAGGGAAAUUCCUGCUGGUCAGUGCUGCUCCUACUUAUUUACUGUCCCUGACUGUGUUCUGCAGGGAAAGGUUUCACUACAUCUGGUUUCCAGGCUUGGUUAUUCAUGAAGUUUAAAGUUCAGGGUCAGACAUUCACAUGCAUUGAGGUAGAGGCAGGGCUGGGGUGCUGUCGUGGGGCUGGGGAGCUUCCUUGAGGUUUGAGGCUUCUUAAUUACAUAGAGAAAAGUGUUAAUCACAAGAGAGAAAGGCCCCUGGGUUGCUCUCUUCUCCAGGAGUGCAAUAAGCCCCGGGGGCACAAAGUCACUCUUACAUGGGACAGCCCUGAAAGCCCUGAUUGCCUUGGAGUUCUGUGGUGUGUUUUAGUGGAUUUUUCACAGGCAAAACAUAUGCUAAGUUCCUGCCCAUGGCUGGCUGGCAGGCAAGAAUGAAUGGCCUUAAUAUACUGAGGAGCAAGUGCACAUUAUUUCACUCAGACAGUCUCUAGGAAAGAUCUCAAAAACAGCCACAAAUCUGCAUCUACCAGAGCAGACAGCCAAGCAGACAAAAACCUCUCUCCUCAGGUGUUUCCUGAUUUUUAAGCAAACUCCAUUUUUACUGCAUUUAUCCUACCUACAGUAUUUGCACUGCUACUGCUAUGGAGAAGCAACACUUCCAUGCACCAAACUUUAGAGAAGGAAGUAUUAAUGACCACAAAUAAAAGCAAAUAAAAGCUA